AGUGUCAAAGAUUUUCCUCAUCAGGAACACAGAGGGACGUAGCUCACAGAACCUGCUGUAAUUGAGCUGUGCCCAUAAUGGCACUAAAUAUAGCAGUGACCCUUCUCCUGGCUACUGGGGUCACUCUCCUGAUUUACCUUGUUAAAUGGUGGAAUAAGAUAUCGCAGAAGAACCAGCCCCCGGGGCCCACACCUCUGCCCCUGCUGGGGAAUAUCAUGCAGAUCAGCACCACUGAAUUCCCACAGUCUUUAGUUAAGCUGAGUGAGAAGUACGGACCUGUGUACAAGAUCUACAUCGCCAACAAUCCUGUAGUCAUGCUGAUUGGCUACGAUGUUGUAAAGGAGGCGCUUGUUGACCGCAGCGAUGCGUUUAGUGACAGAGGGGAUUUGGAGUUUGCAGAUCUGUUCUUUAAGGAUUAUGGGGUCAUCUUGAGCAAUGGGGAAAGGUGGAAGACAAUGCGCCGCUUCUCUCUCAUGACUAUGAGGAAUUUUGGAAUGGGAAAGAGAAGCAUUGAGGAAAGAAUCCAAGAGGAGGCCCAGUGUCUUGCGGAGACAUUCAUGAAGAAUAAAGGCACUCCAUUUGACCCUGCAUAUAUACUGAGACAGGCUGUAUCCAAUGUUAUUUGUUCUGUUGUAUUUGGCAAGAGAUUUGACUAUGAGGACAAGAAAUUCAUAACCCUCCUGUCAUACAUUAUAGACCUUGUCCUGCUAUUAAGCACUGCCUCGGGUCAGCUUCUUAAUUUCUUCCCAACCUUGAUGACAUAUGUUCCUGGCCCUCACCUGAAAAUUUUCCCAACUUUCAAAAACAUGAAGGACUUUAUAAAGGACAUAGUGAGGUCUCACCGAAACACACUGGAUGUGGACUGCCCACGAGACUACAUAGACUGCUUCCUCAUAAGGAUGGAAGAGGAAAAAAAUAACCCAAACACAGAAUUUCAUGAUGAGAACUUACAGUCAGCAGUAUUUGACCUGUUUUUUGCUGGGACAGAAACUACAAGUUUGACACUAAGAUAUGGAUUCCUGAUUCUGCUCAAAUUCCCUGAGAUACAAGAGAAGAUCCACAAGGAAAUAGACAAUGUAAUAGGCAGAGAUCGCUUUCCAUCAGUGGAGGACAGGAUUAAGAUGCCGUACACAGAUGCUGUUAUACAUGAGAUCCAGAGAUUUGCUGAUAUUGUUCCUGCGGGACUGGCUCAUGGAACCAGUAAAGACACAACAUUCAGGGGAUAUCAUAUUCCAAAGGGAACCUUGGUGUUUCCAGUCCUUACCUCUGUCCUGAAAGACCCCAAACAGUUCAAGAACCCAAACAAGUUUGAUCCUGGACACUUUCUUGAUGAGAAUGGUGGCUUUAAGAAAAAUGAUGCAUUCAUGCCAUUUUCUGCAGGAAAACGCAUGUGUUUGGGGGAGGGUCUGGCACGGAUGGAACUCUUCCUCUUCCUCACCACUAUUCUGCAAAAGUUUACAUUGAAGACCACAAUGGACAACAAUAGCAUAAGUAUAACUGCAGAACCAAAGACCAAUGGUUCUCGACCUAGGCCCUAUGAGAUGUUUGUUGUCCCUCGCUGAACAAGUGUUUAUAUUACAUCCAGUGACACAAAAGUUAUAAACAGCACAACACAACCAAAUAGCAAUGACUGUACUUUAAGAAUAAUUAAGUUGUUUUUUUAAGAAUUAAAUUUAAAAAAAGAAAGUAAAUGGAAAUACAGAAAAAAAAGGGGAAAAAAUAGGAGAAACAGGUACUGUAGUUUGUUUGCAUAGAAGGCCGAAGCCCAAGAACACCCUUCACAGGUGAAUUAGACAGAAAUGUAAAACUCACCAUAGGCUUAGAUAGUAAAACAAAGUUAUCAAUAAUCAGAUUGAGGAGAACGUAGGACAGAAAGAUCAACUGGAAUACUGUAUAAUGUUGAAUGACCCUUCUCUUCCCUGUACUCACACCAGUUAAACCACUUCAAAUGUAUAGAGGGAGGGGAAGAGAAGUAUUUAGUCAAGAAUAGUAAAGUUCUUAACACUACUGUAUAACAACAUUUUCUGUUCUAAAUUUCAUGAACACAUAUUACUUCAAAUGCUGAAUAACGUGAUAUAUAAAAAAUAUACAACACAAUUA